AUGACCGAGCCACUACAAACAUAUACCAACCGCUGUGGGCUCUCUCUGAUUCAUCGAACUUGCUCUGCCGGGGAACAGGACAUGGUAGAAUGGUUGAUAAACCAUAAGCCACCACUGGGUUCGUUACACGAUCGAGAUCCCACUGACAUAGGCUGGACACCUUUAUUAUACGCUGCUGAGGCGCUGGGAAUGGCAGGUGGUCUUAUCUUAGAUGCCGAUGUUGGAGAGGCUCCUGCUAUUGCUAGAAAGAAAGCAAGUAAGAAUCGAGAGCGUCUUGAGAGUUUUAUCCAUUGGCUACUUGACAAUGGUUGCUCAAUCGCCGAGUCCAAUACCUUUGAGAGAAAUCACGACGAUGGUCUACAAGGAAAAUCAGACGAUGCGUUAAGAAGGGAGUUUACAGUUCUAGGCCAGGCGAUUCCUUAUGCCAGCUACGGAAUGGUCUCACGUCUUAUUACUAAGGAAAGUGAUGUUCACACUCCUCAGACUUGGUCUAGCCAGAACACAGGUAUUGAACUUGGGCAAAAUGUGACACCGCUGCAUAUUGCAUCCUUGUUCUGGAAUUUAGACGGCAUACAAGCGCUUAUAGAUCACUGUGGUGAUGUUGGGCUAGAAUUUAUGGCUUCUAAAGCUGAUGAUGAUGGCCGACUUCCACUCCACUGGGCUGUUACUUGUAUCAGGGAAAAUCGUGAAGAAAAGGAUAAUUUGGAUGAGAUUAUCUCACAUAUGACAAGCACUAUGAGAAUUUUGCUUGACGCAAAUCCAGACACAAUCAACACACGAGACCAUCACGGCUCUACAGUUUUCCACUAUGCGGCCCGCCUGAACCUUAUGGGACAUGAGGUUCUUUCUCAAGCUAUUCAAAAGCUUCUAGAUGCCCACCCAUCUCUUGAUACCUUAAAGGUCCGAAAUAAUCGAGGCGCAACAGCUGUUGGGGAUAUGUUACAGCCUUUUACAUCCCCUGCUGGCACUCUAGAACAGAUAAUGGGCCCGAUUUUGACACUCCUGGCGAAUGGGGCUGAUGCACACCUAUGCGACAAUAAGGGACGUAAUGUUCUCCAUAGGCUUUGCAUGUCUACCUGGAAACAACCCCUUACGGCUGAUAUACUAGGCCGCCUUCUUGAAUUUGUGGAUAUCAAUGAUACUGAUGUCAACGGCUAUACUGCGCUGGACUAUCUAGUGAGCAAGCCAAAUCGUAUUGACGCUGCUCAUUACCUUAGAACACGGGCUGCCGAUGCUACGGGAAGUUACUAG